AUAUCUAAUAUCAGCAAAAUGUCCAACAUCCUCGAUGCUGCGGCCAGGGUGCGAUGGGAGCGCACCUCUGCGGCGAAGAGAGCCGUGUUUCUAGCGGCGGCCGCCUACGGAAUCAAGACGCUCUACCCCAUCAUCUGUAGGCGUCUGAGGAAGCGCGGCGAGCCGGUCACAAACGGACAGCUUUCCAAGGCGGAGAACGGCUCUAUCUGCUCAGGAAAUGCACAAGAGAAAAAGACAUCACCGGGAGUAAACGCGGAGUUUUUUAGACAAAUACUAGAGCUGGGCAGAAUCCUGUUUCCUAAGCUGGUAUCUAAAGAAUUAGGUUUACUGUCGCUGCAUUCUGUGGCGCUCAUAUCCAGGACGUUUCUGUCUAUUUAUGUUGCCAGUUUGGACGGUAAGAUAGUCAAAACUAUAGUGGAAAAGAAACCCAAGCGGUUUAUCUGGCAGCUGAUCAAAUGGCUCCUCAUCGCCAUCCCCGCCACGUUCGUCAACAGCGCCAUCCGCUACCUGGAGUGCAAGCUGGCUCUGGCCUUCCGCACCCGGCUCGUGGACCACGCGUACCGGACCUACUUCACGGACCAAACCUACUACAAAGUCAGCAACAUGGACGGCAGACUGGCCAACCCGGACCAGUCUUUAACCGAGGAUGUCAUGAUGUUUUCCCAGUCCGUGGCUCAUCUCUACUCCAACCUCACCAAGCCCAUUUUGGAUGUGAUGCUCACCUCUUACACCCUCAUACAAACAGCCAGGUCCCGGGGGGCGAACGCCUCUGGACCCACGCUCCUGGCCGGACUGGUGGUGUUUGCUACGGCCAAAGUUCUCAGGGCGUGCUCCCCUAAGUUUGGUAAACUUGUGGCAGAGGAGGCGCACAGAAAAGGCUACCUGCGCUAUGUGCACUCCAGGAUCAUCGCCAAUGCAGAGGAGAUAGCUUUCUACAGGGGACACAAGGUGGAGAUGCGUCAGCUGCAGAAGUGUUACCGAGCCCUGGCCGAGCAGAUGAACCUGAUUCUGUCCAAACGUCUGUGGUACAUCAUGAUCGAGCAGUUCCUCAUGAAGUAUGUGUGGAGCGGGAGUGGACUGGUCAUGGUGGCAGUGCCCAUCAUCACUGCCACUGGGUUUGCUGACAAUGGUAAGUUGGCAUUGACGAGUGCAGACGGUCAGCCUCAGGUCAUGGUGAGCGAGCGCACAGAGGCCUUCACGACAGCGAGGAACCUCCUGGCCUCUGGAGCGGACGCCAUCGAGAGAAUCAUGUCCUCAUAUAAAGAGGUCACAGAGCUGGCAGGAUACACAGCUCGGGUGCACAACAUGUUUGUGGUGUUUGAGGACGUCCAAAAGGGCAUUUACAAACGCUCGUCGCUAACGGCAACCACAGGAGGCGACAAGAAGAGCAAACCCGGCAUGCACAUAGACGGACCUCUGGAGAUCAGGGGGGAAGUGAUCGACGUGGACCAAGGCAUCGUGUGUGAGAGUGUGCCCAUCAUCACACCAAAUGGAGAUGUUGUGGUCUCUUGCUUAAACUUUCAGGUGGAGGAGGGCAUGCACCUGCUGAUCACUGGACCAAACGGCUGUGGGAAGAGCUCUCUGUUCAGGAUCCUGAGCGGACUGUGGCCCGUCUAUGGAGGCCGCCUGCACAAGCCCUCCCCUCAGCACAUGUUUUAUAUCCCACAGAGGCCGUACAUGUCCAUGGGGUCUCUGAGGGACCAGGUGAUCUACCCGGACUCUCUGGAGGACAUGGCCACUCGGAGUCUCACUGACAAAGACCUGGAGGCCAUCUUGGAUAUCGUCAACCUCAACCACAUCGUCACCAGAGAAGGAGGUUGGGAUGCAGAGUUGGACUGGAAGGACGUGCUUUCAGGUGGAGAAAAGCAGAGGAUGGGGAUGGCUCGUAUGUUUUAUCACAAGCCUAAGUAUGCUCUGCUGGAUGAGUGCACCAGCGCCGUGAGCAUCGACGUCGAGGGGAAGAUUUUUCAGGCGGCCAAAGACGCUGGAAUCUCUCUGCUCUCCAUCACACACAGACCGUCACUGUGGAAGUACCACACCCACCUGCUACAGUUCGAUGGCGAGGGCGGAUGGCGUUUUGAGCAGCUGGACACGGCCACGCGCCUUUCGCUCACGGAGGAAAAACAGAGGCUGGAAUCUCAACUGGCUGGAAUCCCGGAAAUGCAAAACCGCCUCAACGAACUCUGCAAAAUCCUGGGAGACGAUUCUGUGCUCAAAACUACAGAGGAGUGAGCGGCACAAAGGGUUAAUGGGGCAAAAAGACUAAAACUAGAGU